AUGACACAACCGUGGAAACAUGGACUAUUUGGUUGUUUCGAUGAUAUGCCAACAUGUUUACUUGGUUGGUGCUGUUCUUGUUAUUUAUUUGGUCAAAAUGCCGAACAAAUUGAUGGAUCAAACAAAAUUGGCAUGUGUGUAAGUUAUUGUCUUUUAUCAGGCUGCUAUCUCUGUUGUUUACUUCAUAAACCACGAAGAGAAACUCUUCGUGGUGCUUACAAUCUCGAAGAAAAUCCAAGUGAUUUUAUUGCUACAUGUUGUUGUAGUGGUUGUGCUAAUUGUCAAGAAGCACAAGAAAUGAAAGAACGAGGAGUAGCACCUGGUGGUCGUAUUCCAAUUGGUUCUCAACCUCGUUAA